UUCCAACAACGCUUCAGUUCAGCUAGGCGAAAGAUUCACUACGAACGAUAUCGCAGCCUUCCGCGCACCUAUUAGACCACCAUGACAACUCCAUCGCUCUCCAAGCAACAAUGGUAUUUCCGCUCCGCCGCCCUAGACCAAUCUCACGAUUCAUUCCGCGUUAUCAAACUUCCUCCCCGCCCCACCUUCAACGCCCGUUUCGUGCAUCCUCAGCCACGAACGCAUUGCAUCUCUCGAGUCGUGUCCAGCGCGCUCUCGUACACCUGGGCCGCGUGCGCCUCGCCGCGCUGGAUCCAGCUCAACGGCAAGCCGUUCAUGGUCCAGCGAAACCUAUUCGCAGCCUUGAAAGCUAUCCGUUGCGAGGACGAAGAGAUGUGGGUGUGGGCGGACAGCAUUUGUAUAUUCUCCUAUGGAACCACCAUGAAUGACCUCUGAACCUUGUCAUUCAUAGAGACGAAAAACCCCUCCUCUAUAGCACUUGCGUAUGGAAAGGCGAUAACUCGGCCAUAUCC